AUGGUGCAGGGUGUUAGGUUGGGCCGGGGGUAUUGCACGCAUAUAGUGUUGAUAUUCCCGGCGUUUAGUGACUUGACUUUCAUCGCUUAUUUUUAAACCUUAGUGUUUUGUGAAAAAAGAUAUGAGCUCGAAGGUGUCCUUCAAGAUUACCCUUACUUCAGAUCCGAAGCUGCCAUACAAAGUCCUCAGCGUGCCGGAGAGCACGCCGUUCACGGCCGUGCUUAAGUUCGCCGCCGAGGAGUUCAAGGUGCCUCCGGCCACGUCCGCCAUAAUCACCGACGAUGGCGUGGGCAUCAACCCCCAGCAGACGGCAGGCACGGUGUUCCUGAAGCACGGCUCGGAGCUGCGCCUCAUACCGCGCGACCGCGUGGGAUGCUGACCCCGUACCUGUCGGGCGGUGUCGAGCUGGUGGCGGCGGCCGGACAGCGUCCAGCGGGCGGCGGCGCCGACAGCACCGCCGCUCUCUGGUGGCAGCGCUGCCGACACUCUGUCAGACGUUCGUGCUGUCGACACCAUUCCCCAAUGAAACGUGACUCGCUUG